AUGAAGGGUGUUAUUGUAUCAGCUGUUGCAAUUCUUGCUACCAUUCAAUUGGUGUUUCGGUUUUCAACUUGGGUUAACGGGGAUCUCAAUGAGAAAAACAACGUAGAGUACCUAGAUGACAUUGCCGCCAUCUCCUUGGAGAUGCUUUUCCUUGCCAUGUUUCAACUUUUUACGAGUUCGUCCUGUUUGGACCAUUACAGACUGCCCUUAAUUAUGGUCAUACUUUGGACUCCCUUCCCGUGCUAUGCCUAUAAAAAUAUCUUUUUACUGGCUGGACAAAGCAAUAUGUCUGGCCGAGGUGGUGUGAUUAAUGGAAAUUGGACCGGAUAUAUCCCACCGGAAUGCCGUUCUCAGCCGUCAAUCCUACGACUUAGUGCUGGGCUUACGUGGGAGGAGGCAUGUGAGCCCUUACAUCGAGAUAUUGACAACAAAACUUGUGGGGUGGGACCUGGUAUGUCAUUUGCCAAUUACGUAUUGGAAAAGGAUUCCAAUAUUGGGGUAAUUGGUCUGGUUCCUUGUGCUGUUGGCGGAACCUAUAUAUCUGAGUGGAGCCGAGGCUCGGGUCUCUAUGAUAAACUCUUGAAGAGGUCUAAGGCGGCAUUGGAAGACGGAGGUGAAAUUCGGGCCCUUUUAUGGUAUCAAGGUGAGAGCGACACAAAGAAAGAAGAGGAUGCCGAAUUGUACAAGAAAAGAAUAGAAGAGUUCUUCGUCGCAGUUCGUACUGAUUUAUCUUUACCGAACCUUCCAAUUAUUCAGGUGGCGUUGGCAUCUCGCACAGGGACGUAUUUUGAUAUCGUAAGAAAUGCUCAGUUGGCCAUCAAACUUCCAAAUGUCACAACAGUUGAUGCGAAGGGACUGCAAUUGUUGAAUGAUGACCCAAUCCACCUUAGCACUCCAGGCCAAGUUAGUCUAGGAAAGAUGAUGGGCGAUGCCUUCCUCCACUUUGAUUGA